AACAAGCCAGUCACACUUGAGGCAACCAGCGCGUCACAGAUCGGCUCUCACACUGCUCUUUAAAUCACUUCUUAUCACGUUUUUAGGUUCAGAGUGGAGACCAAGAGGACGACCUGUUGAAGAUUCCAAGGCAACACCGCUUCUGACAUGCACUUUGAUAAAUCGCCAAAAGAGAAGCCGUGUUGCACUCUGCCCACAGUGAAGAAGCUCUUGGAGGAGAAGAGAAGGCGUGAGACGUCCUCUGUCCCCCCCUCCUGCACUACGGCCAGCACCAGUCCUGUUCCUACAACUACCGUGACACAGUUGUCUGCAUCAGAACAAUUUACCUGUACAGGUGCAUCAAGCAGCUACUCAGACAUGGCAGUGAGCUAUGAACAGUGGCCUCCAGCACCAGAGUCUGCACUCAGUUACUACAACAGCCAUCCAGGAUCCAGCUACAUGCCGGCCUACAGCCUCCCCAUGACAUCCGAAUAUGGCACGCAGCCACAGCAGGUCUUUGGAGACGCAAUGCCUCAGACUUACCAGGAGUGCCCUAUGCCUGUCGCAGAUCCCAGUAUGGCUUCUUCAUGGUCUCUUCUGGGUCCCAGUCAGACCACACAGCUGGGCUUUGGUUCAUCGAUGGAUGCCACCAAGCUGGAAGAGGCCAGGAUGCUGCUGAGCGGGAUGGACUACAGCCGAGCCACCAGGCAGGAUGAAGAUGGAGACACCAUCCUGCACAUCUACGUUGCCAAGGGGCUCAGGGAGUGUGCCUUUGUUGCUGCAGAGAGGCUGCGGGACAUAGGCAGGCUGGAUGCCAAAGAACACAAGGGAAAGACUGCUUUACUGGUGGCAGUGACAGCGAACCAGCCAGAGAUCGUGCAAGACCUGUUGUCAUUAGGAGCGGACAUCAACGCCUGUGAUGUCAAAGGGCAAACCGCUCUGCACCUGGCUGCUCACUAUGGCUUACCUGUCGUCCUGCAGGCAAUUCUGUCUAGGCCAGCUGUCAACCUGGAGGCCCGCAAUUUUGAAGGUAUGACUCCCCUCCACUGUGCGGCCAUUUCUCACAGUUUAACCAUGAAGGCUCUCUCCAGCAGUGGGCUGGUUGAUGUUAAUCUUCAGAACAAGGCUGCGGAGAAGCUCUCCUGCGUGCAGACGCUUCUCAAUUACGGGGCGUUCCUGCUCAGCCAGGAAAUCAAAAGUAACAAGACCGUGCUGCACUUGGCUGUCAAGGAGGGGAAUGUUGAUCUGGUGCGAUAUCUGCUCAGGAUUCCCCUGCAAAACAUGAAAGACUUUGUCAACUUGAAAGCUCACGGCCACACAGCUUUACACAUGGCAGCUGGUCUCCAUGGUAACCCCCACCAGGCAGAAAUCCUGCGGCUGCUGCUGAGCCGGGGAGCUGAUCCCAGCAUCCGCAACCUGGAGAACGACCAGCCAGCUCACCUGCUGCAGAGCGGCCUCCAGGGAGAGCAGCUCAAGCUCAUGCUGAAGAAACGGAGUGCUUCCUCCCGUCGACGUAACGUGUCCUUACAGGACCAGGAAUGAUUUGAACCACUUGUAAUCCCCAUUUAGAGGGAAUGAGUCUUUAACAUGUUGCCUCUGUUGACAAGGGGAUUUAUUGUUAUGUUGUUUUGGGAGUCUCUGGCCUAUAUUUUAUUAACAAACUCGUUGAUCAUAUUAAUCUCUCUAUACAGUUUGCAUUGAACUAUGGAUGAUGAACCUUAAAUUACCUCUGAUUUAGUGUCUGUAAAAAGAUAGUGCUUUAUUUAUUUUUCCAUGCAGAGGGUGAAACAUUUCACUCCUCCAUGGAGCCGUUUUAACAAACUGCUCCUGUUGUUGUUUUAUUUAAAUUCUGACUGUUAGAGACACUUCAAUUUAAGUAUUUAUUCUGGCCCAAAAAUAUAUAUAUUUAGCAUUUUAAAAUGAAAAGAAAUGAAAAACAUUCUUCUACGCACAGAGUGAAGUGUUAUAGUAACGCUCAAGAAAUAGUUUGCCUACAACAUCGACUUUUACUUUAAUUUCAUACAUAUGUAUCAUCCCGUUUAUUUCAGUUCUUUCUAUAAUGUUGAGCCAAUGUGAAAAAAUUAAAUAACUUAGUCUAAUUAAUAUAAAUUAAUGCAGUCUUAUACAUAAAUGUUGGGUGUUUUUUCUUCUACUUCUACUUCUUCUUCUACUUCUAAAAGUGAUUUUAAAAUGUUUAGUGUUCAAGAAUUGUACAGAAAAGUCUUCUUUCUGUCUCCUGUCAUAAUCUCAAAUCUCACAGUCAAAUAAUCUAGUUAUUUGCAUUUAUUCACAUUGACUCAACAUGAUAGAAAAACUUGGCAUUAAAUGGAACAUUUCACAUUGAACCUAUGUGAUAGAAAUGUAUACUUAAUGGUGCAUUAUUUAAGAAUAGGAGGCCUGUUGCCUUCAUACUCAUGGGGUGGGCAGCAUAUCACUAGAAUAACCGCUAACUCCCGCUAACUGUAACUACCGUUAGCUUGUCAGCUCAGUUAGCUGUGCAGCUAGCGGUCAAGACUGGGAGCUCUGAGCACUGGGGAAAUGUUUGUGCUUACAUCACUAGCACAGGAGCUGUAGACCAGUACAGGCUGUGACUAGCUGGUUCGCAUGUUUAUUUUAGCAGACACCAUUGUGUCAAAACUGCUGGUUUUUCACAUUCUCUCGAUAAUUUCUGGUAAUUUUUGAAUGUUUUUCAACAAAAAAAUUCUUUCAUAUUGCACCUUUAAGUUCACUGAGAGUCAGUGUUUUAGGCUAAUUGUUUCUGGCUAGUUCUUGUUUUCAGUGUAUAGACUGUGCUGUGGAAGGCGGAGUCGUAUUCAUUUUCCUCAGAGGCUACGCUCCCGGGUUAAUGUUGAUUUCUAUGAAAUCGUUAAGUAUCACCUCCAGGACAAUGUCCCUGAAACCCCUCCGACCCUCUCGUUGAAAGCCCCCAACACGAUAAGUUAUCAUAUUGAUACACCGAGUGACGGUUAUGAUUUCAGUCAGCAUGUGUGCUUAUGUUAAGAAUGUGUGUGUUCAAAGUGAGAAUAAUCAGUCCUGUAAUUUAACUUUCUUUCUGUAUGCAUCAUACUUUUGUGUGUAUCAUCAGGUAUUUUCUAUUGAGAAAAGGAAACUUUACUGUGUAAAACUGCUAUGUAUUUGAAACCGAUUGCGACGACGAAUGUUCUUAUCACAGAGACAUUACAUGAGUAAGUGCGGUGACAAAUCGUCUGACUAACUGUACAUUUUAGUCAUGAGUCAUGAAUAAAAGUACAACAACA